AUGGCGCCACUCAGCUCCGAGCCUCGUCAGGUGCUCGUGGUCCUGAACCCGGUGCGGCGGAGGGCCCUGUACCAGCUAGUGACCGAGAUCACGGCGUACAUGCGGUCCCAGCUAGAGCUCCACGAUGACGGAGAAGACGACGGCCGAGGCGCCAAGAACACGCCCCAGCAGUCCCCGGCUCAGGCCCCACAACCACUCGGCCGGGGCUCACCACGGGGCUCACCACCGAUCCCCGGUGCCACCCCCGCCGCCGCCGCCGCCGCAGAGGCAAAGGCAGAGGCGUCCGUCUCGCAGGCGCACACGCCGCCGGGCCCCGAGCUCAUCGCGCUGCGCAAGGCGGCCGUCGUGCACUUUGACGAGUGGAAGAGGGAGUUCCACACCAGGCUGAGGGAGGUCCUGGCCGCCAGGGACGACGACAAGAUCCUCGAGGCGCGCUCCGAGCGCCAGAAGAAGAUGGCCCAGAUCAGGGCCGAGAGCCCCGCCGAGGGCGAGGACCUGAUCGACCUUGGCGGCGGGCCCUCGGAGAACGAGGCUGCCCUCCACACCACGAGGGCCAUCGAGUCGCUGCGGGCCAUCUACCACCCCAUCCCCACCCGGCUGACCACCGUCCCCGUCGAGGACAGGAGGGAGGUCAUCAGCUCCGUCCUCAUCCUCCUCCUCUCGACGGGCAGGUACACCGCCUACGCGAGGACCUUCAUCACCUACCUGACCUCCGCGCUCGGGCUCCCCCUCUCGUUCCUGACCGACGAGGAGAAGGAGAUCGCCAAGACCAUGAUCGAGGCGUCCGCCGAGGCCGAGAAGGCCAAGAGGGACGGCUCCAUGUCUGCCGAGGCCGAGGCCCAGAAGCGGAAGCAGCAGGGCCAGGUCGGCAGGUUCUGGAAGGUUGGCCUCGCGUCCGUGGCCGGCGCUGCCAUCAUCGGGGUGACCGGUGGCCUCGCGGCGCCGGUCGUAGCUGGUGCUAUCGGCGGCCUGAUGGGAUCUGUGGGGCUGGGCGGGCUGGCCAGCUUCCUGGGUAUCUUCUGGAUGAACGGCGCGCUGGUCGGGACUCUGUUUGGGGCAUUUGGGGCGCGAAUGACUGGCGAGAUGGCAGACAAGUACGCCAGGGAGGUCGAGGACUUCCGGUUCCUGCCCCUCAAGGACGAAUGGGGUUCCGAGUUCCGCAAGGAGGACAAGGACGUCCGGAGGCUGAGGGUCUCCAUCGGGAUCAACGGCUGGCUCCUCUCCGAGGACGAGGUGACCAAGCCGUGGCGCGCCCUCGGCGACGAGACAGAAGCCUUUGCCCUCCGGUACGAGAUGAACAGCCUCCUGGAGCUCGGGCAUGCCCUCCAGGACACCGUGGCGUCGUACGCGUGGAGCGUCCUGAAGAUCGAGAUCCUGAAGCGUACGGUGCUCGCCACGCUGUGGGCGGCCCUCUGGCCCAUCCAGAUCCUGAAGCUGGCGGCCGGCGUCGACAACCCCUUCAACCUGGCCAAGAACAGGUCGGAGAAGGCGGGCCGGAUCCUGGCGGACGCCCUGAUCAACAAGAUCCAGGGGGAGAGGCCGGUCACGCUCAUCGGGUACUCCCUGGGCGCGCGCGUCAUCUACGUCUGCCUCAAGACCCUGGCGGAGCGGAGGGCGUUUGGGCUGGUCGACACUGUGGUCUUCAUCGGGGCGCCGACGCCGUCUAACAGGGACGAAUGGCAGUUGAUCCGCAGCGUCGUCACGGGCAAGUUGUUCAACGUCUACUCAGAGAACGACUACAUCCUCGCGUUCCUGUACCGCGCCACCAGCAUCCAGCUCGGUAUCGCCGGGCUGCAGGCGGUGGAGGACAUCGAGGGCGUCGAGAACCUCAACCUGACCGAGGACGUCAAGGGGCACCUCAGGUACCCGGGGCUGAUCGCCCAGAUCCUCACCAAGUGCGGGUUCCCAAACAUCAGCGGCGGCGACAGGCCGAUCGAGAAGGAGGAGGACAUCAGGCUCGAGGACAUGGACGGCAGCAGCAGGACCGGCACCCUGCUGGACUUUGACGAGCCCCCCGUCCCGGUGGCCGUCAAGCCGCUGGGCCGGAAGACACACCGCGACAUCUCGUUCCCGAGCGGGUUCCCCAGGACCGAGGAGCGGCCUGUGGUCAGGAAGGUCCAGUCUACACCCGUCACGGGCCCGCUCAGCUCUGAGCUUCAGACGGCCUUCGACCCGCUUGAGCCCAAGUCGCUUGGGUCGCCUGACGCCAAAGGGUGGCAGCGCAAACAAUCUGGUGCUUCGGGGACAAGAAGUGCAAGUGCAGCGUCUCCACAGCCGCCUCCUUCGUACAGCCCUGGGAAGUUCACAUUACCCCCAGAGGUCGAGGACAAGCUGUAUGGAGCGGCAGCCCCGGGGCAUGAAGACGACGGCGACGACGACGACGACGACUUUGGCGGCGGAAUCAGGAUGAUGGACAACGACGAUGAUCAUGACGAUGACGGAGACAUGGUCACGUACAUGGAGCCACUGAGACUCGAAGACAAGGAUGAGAAGUAG